ACUGUCCUUCACCAAGCGGGGAUACCGGCUUCUUGGUGCUAACAGCGAAGAUGUCAUCCAUCGUGAUACUUCCAGCCGCCUGCAUCUAAACGACCUCCCUCAACCAUGUUGUCAGGAUUUGUUGCAGCACGUCACUCUCUGAAGUGGAAGUGUUGCCGUAAAUCCACCAUUGACAUUAUUUUUUGCUCAUGUGAUGCAUGGAAAUGGUUUCCAGGAAAUAUAUCGCAGAGGAACGCUCAUAGAUGGACCCCGGUACCUUUAUCAAGGGUCAAGCAGAAGCCUGUGUUUGCUCGAGCUUUAACAUUUGGGGACAAAGCAGCUGUGAUAGAUAGUAAUGGCAGCCACAGCUACAAGCAACUUUAUGCCAGCAGUUUGGGUCUUGCGAGAAGAAUCAACGCCACCCUUGACUCUGACUUCGGGCGCCUGGAAGGAAAACCAAUCUCCUUUCUGUGUGGUAAUGAUGCUUCCUAUACGGUGGCCCAGUGGGCGACUUGGAUGAGCGGUGGGACAGCGGUUCCACUGUAUAAAAAACACCCACCAUCUGAACUGGAGUACAUUAUCACAGACUCCCAGAGUGCAUUGCUGGUGGCAGGGCACCCCUAUGCGGAAAACUUAGAGCCCGUGGCACAGAGGCUGGGUCUGCCUUGCCUUACACUUCCGCCUACAUGUGAAAUCAGCACUUUAAACAACGAUGAUAUCCAAGACAUGGAAGAGGUCAGACCGGACUGGGGUGAGCAACCAGCCAUGAUCAUCUACACCAGCGGUACGACAGGGAGGCCCAAGGGUGUUCUCCAUACCCACAGCAGCAUCCAAGCCAUGGUCCAGUGUCUGGUCUCCGAGUGGGCGUGGUCCAAAGACGACAUCAUACUCCACACGCUUCCACUCCACCAUGUGCACGGCAUUGUAAACAAACUCCUGUGCCCACUUUGGGUCGGCGCCACUUGUGUCAUGCUGCCUGAAUUCCAACCACAAAAGGUAUGGGAGAUGCUGCUGAGCUCCAAAGCUCCACUGGUUAAUGUCUUCAUGGCUGUGCCAACUAUCUACUCCAAACUCAUUCACUACUAUCAUCAGCACUUUACACAGCCUCAUGUCAAGGACUUUGUCAAGGCGGUGUGCAAAGAGAGGAUCAGACUCAUGGUUUCUGGUUCUGCUGCUCUGCCACUUCCCACAUUGCAGCAGUGGGAAGACAUCACGGGACACACACUGCUGGAACGUUACGGCAUGACUGAGAUCGGCAUGGCGCUGUCAAACCCUCUGCAGGGCCAACGUAUCCCAGGAGCUGUAGGGUUGCCACUGCCUGGUGUGGAAGUGCGGAUUGUCAUGAAUAACACAAGCUACACUACAAUUGUAGAGGGAAACCACAAAGAGACUCAGGUACGGCCAGGUCUAGAGGGGAAGGAAGGGGAGCUCCAGGUCCGAGGUCCAUCUGUCUUUAAGGAGUACUGGAACAAACCUCAAGAGACUGAAGAAUCUUUUACUGAUGACGGCUGGUUCAAAACAGGAGACACAGCCGUUUAUAAAGACGGGGUCUAUUGGGUCAUGGGUCGUACCAGUGUUGACAUCAUCAAGAGCGGCGGCUACAAGAUCAGCGCCCUCGAGGUGGAGCGCCACCUGUUGGCGCAUCCGGACAUUACAGAUGUUGCUGUGAUUGGGGCACCAGAUGCGACCUGGGGUCAAAAGGUCACCGCCGUGGUACAGCUGAAGGAGGGACAAAGUCUGACUUUGUCGGAUUUGAAGACCUGGGCAAGAGAACACAUGGCGCCCUACACCAUCCCUACAGCCCUGCUGCUGGUAGAUGAGAUACCGAGGAACCAAAUGGGCAAGGUCAACAAGAAGGACCUCCUGAGAUACUUCUUCCCUUGACUGUAUCACGUGUACGUUAAUGGCUGACGCCACUUGCAUCGUCUCCACGGGGGGUCCCUACCACGUGAUGGUAAUUGCAUAUUUUGAAUUGAUGCCUACACAGUAAUAUCAAUGGAAAACAAUACAGUUUUAUAAUACAGUAAACCUCGGAUAUAUCGGAUUCAAUUGUCCCCGCUGGUUUUGUCCGAUAUAAGCGAAAUCCGUUAUAUGCGUAUACCGGAAAAUGUCCGUUUUACGCAUAUAUCGGAUUUAUAUCCAGUAUAUGCGUAAAUCGGAUUUUAUCCGUUAUAAAAAGGCACUUCCUUGACUAUGUUUCCAAUGUACCUGGACGCCCAGGCAACGCUGCAAACGCUGCAAAUGACGUCGUAUAGCUGCCUGUCACGAUUCGGCGAAUCGGAGCGCCACGAUGCGGCCAUCCGAUAUAUGCGAGGGAAAUUUAAUGGAAAUGCAUUGGAACGGGACUGGAGAUUUUGUCCGAAAUAGGCGAAAUCCGUUAUAAAAAAUCCGAUAUAUGCAAUGAAUUUUUAUUGGAAAUGCAUUACAGAAAAAUUGGUUCUUUUUUAUCUGUCCGUUGUGAGCGAAUUUCCGAUAUAUCCGAGUCCGAUAUAUCCGAGGUUUACUGUAGUUUAUAUCACUCAAGGAAUUCUGGGAAGCCCCCACCCCCACACAACACCAAUAGGAAGUUACCCAGCAUGCUUUGCUGGUAAUUCUUUGUUGCACCAUGAGAGAGGAAAGCAAUUUCCUGUGGCAAUACGUGUCAUUUAUGUAUCUCGUUUAUGCAUUAAACGCGCAUUCAAUUCAUGAAUGUGUGCGUACCUGCAUAACCUAUUUGCACCUACUCAGGUCGUGUUUACAUCGAGUAAACGACAAUAAGAUGCGCCACGCACGUCACGACUAGUUCGCGGAAAUUAUGCGCGCCACAAAUUUUAAACAUUCCCAAAUGUUCUCUGUGCACCGGUACACGGUUUACAUAUACUUCACACUUGUUGAUGACUAAUUUAGUCAUGGCCACACAAAAUGGAAACAAGUGUCAAACUGGUGCCAUGGAGGCCUGAGACACUGCAGGUUUUCUCUCCAACCACUUUCUUCAGUAGAUUCUUUCACUGAUGAAAUCCUUCCAUCAAAUUGAAGGAGGUAUUGAUCAUUUUAAAAUCACUUGCUUUAGUGACCGACUAGAAAAGAAACCUGCAACCUCUUGGCACCCAGUGGUACCCAGAACGUAAAACUCACAAAACGCUGUGCUCUACUAUACUACUGAAUACUCAUGAGAGCGUGUACAAAGAUACUGUAGUUCACUUUCACUCCAAAUUAUUACAAUUAUUUUCAGAAAGGUCUGAAGUCAAAUCAAUGCCAACAUUUGUCCCUAUUGUUGGGUUUGCAUGUUCUCCCCGUGCAAUACAAUAUACAAAGUAGGCUGCACGGCGGAUGAGUGGUUAGUGUGCAGGCCUCACAGCUAGGAGACCCGAGUUCAAUUCCACCCUCAGGUAUGUAUGUCUGUGUGGAGUUUGCAUGUUCUUCUCUCCGGGUACUCUGGUUUCCUCCCACAUUCCAAAAAAACAUGCUAGGUUAAUUGGCGACUCCAAAUUGUCCAUAGGUAUGAAUGUGAGUGUGAAUGGUUGUUUGUCUAUAUGUGCCCUGUGAUUGGCUGGUGACCAGUCCAGGGUGUACCCCGCCUCUCGCCCGAAGAAGAUACCUGGAUUUUUUUUCAGGAUAUUUUCUUUCAUUUUUGGGGAGACGCCCCGUGACCCUUGUGAGGAUAAACGGAAGAAAAUGAAUGAAUGAAUAAAUUUAUUUAUUAUUGCACCAAAUGCCAAAAUGUCAAAAUAAUAAGUGUUCCAGCUAUACAAAUGUCUGCAAAUGUCACCAAAAUAUACUUAUUAAACACGUGUAGUAUCAAAAGUAUCAAAUGUAUGAGUACUCACUACUUAUGAAUGAUAAUGUACGACGGUAGAUGAACUAUGGUCAGUAGAGGUGCAUUCAAGGACCUGCGAGCAAAGUGUAAAAUCUCCACGCUUGGAAAAAAUAACUUGAUCAGUGAGGCAUAAAAACCUGCCGCAUCACUGUAUAAGCCGGAGGGUUCACAGCGGGAGAAAAAAAACGGAAAUUACAGUUUGCAAAUACUUUGAUUUAAACUUUUAAACAAGCUAUGUUUAUUUUUGUGAUUUAGAUGAUCAGACUACAUUUUAUGACCAAUGGAUGCAGAAAUGUCAGAAAAUCAAAAGGGUUCACAUACGUUCUCCUCUUACUGUACUGUAUAUGCACUCCUGAUCAAAAUUAGA